GAGUGAAUGAAGUGUGUGAGACAUACUCUGCAUUUCUGGUAAGAAUGGUGAAACUUGUUCAACAAUCAUGGUGGAAAUUCAGUACUUGUUUUCUUAGGGUUUCUUCUUCAUAUUCUACAAUUGCUGAAACCAUAGCCUCCUUAGAUUUGACUAAUAAAGAUGAACAAGGUUCUAACCCCUUAACCUCGUCUCCAAAGGAUGCUCUGUACAAUAGGCUACUCUAUUUGAAUCGCUCUAAGGAGUCCGUCAUAUCAGUACUGGACAAAUGGGUUACUGAACAAAAUCCCAUUAUGUAUGAAGACCUACUGAUUAUCGUCAAACAAUUUAGAUCUUACCGUCGAUACAAUCAUGCCCUUCAGAUUUUUGAGUGGAUUAAGAAGUCCAAGGAUUUUGAUAUAUCGCCUAGAGAUUUAGCAGUCGAACUGGAUUUAGUAUCAAAAGCCCAUGGUCUGGAAGCCGCAGAGAUGUAUUUUACUAGCAUUCCAGAUGAUUCAAGAACCUACCAGGUAUAUGGCGCUCUCUUGAAUUGCUAUGCUGAUGCAAAUGUCUUUAAAAAAGCAGAAGAUACCAUGCAAAAGCUGAAGGAGUUGGGCUAUGCUGGCACACUGGCGUACAAUGUUAUGAUGACCCUUUAUGCUAAAUUGGGAUAUCUUGAGAAGCUACAGUCACUUGUGCUAGAGAUGUAAGACAAUGGAAUUUCUGGUAAUUUGAUUUCCUACAAUAUCCUCUUAAAUGUAGAUGCAUCUGUUCCCAAUGUUGCGGAGAUGGAGAAGGUUCUGAUGAAAAUGGAAGCUGAUCCUCUGCUAAUUGAUUGGAGUUCUUACGCAAUUGCUGCAAAGGGGUACCUGAAAGCUGGUGAUAUAGAAAAGGCUAACAAGUCAUUGAAGAAAUGCGAGCAUAGACUCAUGGGGAAAAGGGAAAAGCUUGGUAUUGACAUGCUCAUUACUCUCUAUACUAGUAUGGGAAACAAAGAUGAUGUCUAUCGUAUAUGGAAUAAAUACAAGAAAAAAGUUAAGCGUCACAAUUCAAGUUAUCAUUGUAUGAUACGUGGACUAGAAAAUC